AGAUUUAAAAAAGAGAAGAGUUUAAAAGACUAAAGUAUGAGAAGUCUGUCAGAUUGCUCUGCAUACAUAACUGGUGGACCCCCUAGUGACUGGGACUAGUUAGACGUGUUGACACUAUCUCAAGUUUUGUUUAUCUGUCUGGCGAAAAUGGGAAUUUUAAUUUUCAGCACUAUUAUGGCAGGUAAUUUGUUUAAAUUAUAUAAUGGUCAAUCAAUAUUCAACUUGAGAAAAAUUAUUUUAGAUUUUGUCAUAGGAUCAAUUUAAAAUCGACAGCUUAAAAAGGGUCGGUUUUCAAAUCCAUUUAAUCCCGCUGUAAAUAAUAUAUAUUUAUAUAUAUACCGACUUUAAUGUCAGGCAACACUUCUAGGGAAGCUGAAAACAUUAGUAGACGCAUUAUUUGACGCUGAAAGGUUGGGCUCAAAUAGAUUGCUAAGUCAGAUGGACUGGGCAGGUCUAGCACUCAAUGAAAAAGCAAUGCCAGAUGGACUGGCCAGGUCUAGCACUCAAUGAAAAAGCAAUGCCUGAUGGACUGGGCAGGUCUAGCACUCAAUGAAAAACCAAUGCCUGAUGGACUGGGCAGGUCUAGCACUCAAUGAAAAAGCAAUGCCAUAUGGACUGGGCAGGUCUAGCACUCAAUGAAAAAGCAAUGCUAGAUGGACUGGGCAGGUCUAGCACUCAAUGUUGUAGUAUGCAAAAUGGAUUUAAUCUUUCCAGUUAAAUUUAAAAGUCUGGAUUUAUUAUUAUCCAAAAAUUUCCUUUCGUCAAAUUAAUAAAUUAAUUGACCGAAUUUCCGGAUCACGAUCAAAUAUUUGAUUCAAUUUUAGGAUAUUUUUUACAGCAGUUUCCCUGGCCGGAAGUUGCGUGGUCGCCCAGGCUGAUAAUGUCUGCUACCCAGUCGUCGGCUGCUUCAACAACCACCCACCAAACGGCAACACCCAUGGGGUGCUACCAAUAUCUCCAGCAGACAUGGGGGUCCGGAUGUGGCUGUUCACACGCAGCAACCGCCAGGCACAGGACGUCCUGAACUACAACAACCCAGGUUCCAUCACUGGUUCUCACUUUGAUCCGCACAAGGCCACCAAGUUCAUUGUUCAUGGCUUCUCGUCAUCUUUUGAGAAAACUUCAUGGAUCCUUCACAUGAAGGACAAAUUUUUGAACAAGGUCAGCCUGUCCCGUGAACAGAAGUAGUGUAUGACUGUUAGAACAGCUUUUUGACCUACAUUUCAAUCUAAGUAGUCUAUCGCUUUUUAAAUAUGUCCUUUUGUGCUUCAUUGCCUUUCAUUCCCUGGUGCCUGGUGGCGCUAAACAAAAUAUAAAAGAAACUGCUGUGUUCUUUAUUCCCAUCACUCUCACUAUACCCCCGAAGAACACACAGUCCAACCCCUGUCCCCCAACCACACAUCACUUAAAAAUACACACACAGAAGGGACUCUAGAUCAGGGAUUCUCAGCUUUCGUAAUGCAGAGACCCUUUAAUACAGUUCCUCAUGUUGUGGUGAGACCCAGCCAUAAAAUUAUUUUCGUUGUUUCUUCAUAAAUAUCUGUUUUCCGGUGGCCUGGGGCGACCCCUAUGUAAAGGUCGUUCUACCCCCAAAGGGGUCGUGACCCACAGGUUGCGAACCGCUGCUCUAGAUGAAAUAUCGAUAUUUAAGCAUCAAAGAUGUUUAUAUUAUGACAAUAAGCUAUCACUAUUUGUUACAUCAAAUGCUUUGGAUGUUUUUAAGCCUAACAAAUUUUCUUUUGAUAUUGUUGGAUUGCAUUACAAUAAAAAAUGUUGAAAUGGAAGAUAUGGUGUUUGGACAUGGGGGUAAAAUAAAAGAAUAUAUAUACUAACCAUGAUUAAAUGGCAUUAAAAAUAGUUGAUACAAUUUUAUGUAAAAAUUUAGAGCUCGAGAUUUUGUUGUUGAUCUCAAAGUGGGUGAAAAAAAUAUCGUAGUAACUAAAACAAAAAAAAAUGAAUUGUUUUAUUUCUAAUUUUAUGUUUUAACUGAGGGUCUCCGUUUUUCAAUUUCUGCCACCAGGGAGAUUUCAACGUUGUUGGUGUCGACUGGAGUAAAGGGGCGGUCAUGCCAGCCUACGACCAGGCUUCGGCCAACCUCCGACUUGUGGCUGCUGAAAUAAAGCUCGUGCUUGACAUCAUGAAGGCCCACGGGUUGGACCUGGCCAAGGUCCACAUUGUGGGCCACUCUCUGGGGGCCCAUCUGGCCGGGUUAGUCGGACAUCUGUUUGGGAAUAACGUCAUCGGGCGCAUCAGCGGUAUGUUUAUAGUAACGUCAUCGGGCGCAUCAGCGGUAUGUUUAUAGUAACGUCAUCGGGCGCAUCAGCGGUAUGUUUAUAGUAACGUCAUCAGGCGCAUCAGCGGUAUGUUUAUAGUAACGUCAUCGGGCGCAUCAGCGGUAUGUUUAUAGUAACGUCAUCGGGCGCAUCAGCGGUAUGUUUAUAGUAACGUCAUCGGGCGCAUCAGCGGUAUGCUUAGAACAAUAAUUUCCAAAUCUUUUAGCUUCUGUCCAUAAGUAUGGCUUGUGGUGCGCGCCACAAUGGACCAUAUGUAAAAAGGUUAUAAGGGGGAGAAGUUGCGAUCAGGUUUGCGAAAAGGGAAAUAAGCGAAACACAGUAUGUGUAAUCCUGAAAAAAAGGAACGCAACAAAACAAAGAACGUGUCGGCAUGAAGCCUUCAUCGGCGAACAAACAAAUUUAAAAACAUAAUUAAAUAAAAAAAAUAGCACAUCUUUUUUUUUUAAUCAUGUUGAAAGAUUAUCCAGUAAAGAAUCGCUUUUAAAAUAUCUUCAUGUAACCCCACUCAGGAUCAUAAAUCGCCUUCCCAAUUGUUUACCAUCGCCUACUUAACUAGAACUUAGAAGCACACCCUCAUUUCUGACAAACAUUUAUGUUCACCUAAAUGUAGAGCUAAUCAGCGUAGAUGAGUCAAUGAAAUGGCAUUUAAUGGCACAUCCAAAUUCAAGGCCACGCUGACCAGCAUCCAUUUACUUACAUUUUAUGAUUUUUUUGUUGGUUUUUUUUUUGGUGGUUUUUUUUGUUGUUUUUUUAUCAUCGCGAAUGGUAUGGCGAUUUUGGACCAAUCUUUAAGAAUUACCUCUAUUCCCAUUUUGGACCAAUUCAUAACAACAUAACUCUAAUUUGGCAUUUUUCGUUCAUAUAGACACGUACAUUGCGCAUUUAUAUUGGAGUAUUUUAUUGACACGAAUGUAUCUCAGGUUUGGAUCCGGCUGAACCGAAUUUUAAGUCCCAGUCUACGGCUGUUCGUUUGGACAAGGAUGACGCCAUAUUUGUUGACGUCAUUCACACCGAUGGCUCACCAUUCUUUCUCCUCAUCGGCUACGGCCUGAUGCAGGAGAGCGGUGAUGUGGAUUUUUACGUCAAUGGCGGGGAGAAACAGCCAGGAUGUACCGGAAGUGGUAUGUGUUCGACCAGGGAUAAUUGUAUAUGAUUUGGCGGAUAACUUAGAGCCAAGAAAUAGUUCCAAUGACGUAUAUGAUAAAAUAAACAUCAUCUUCUAGGUUGAAAGUCUAUAAGUUUGAAAACUUUUAGCAGGAUUCUAGAAGUAAAUUUAAAUUGUUCGUUUCACAUUGGCACUUGACGAAAGAUUUAUAUAAAUAUGCAGAUAUCAUUUAGAUAUAGAUAUGACAUGUAGGAAAAUCUUCAAUGACAUUAUUUCAAACGGAUAAUAUAAUGUCAUAAUUGAUAUGAUCGGGUCAUACUUGUCAUAGACGAAAUCUGAUAACAGCAAUAUUUUUUGUCCAUUUUUUUUUUUUUUUUUUUUGGNAGCCAAACUUGACAGGAUUUUCUUAAUCUAAAUUUAUUUUUUUUUUUUUUUUUUUUUUUUUUUCAUGUGUUUGGGGAGUUUUUUUUUUUUUUUUUUUUUUUUUUUUUUUUUUUUUUUUUUUUUUGUGUGUGCCCCCUUGAACAAUCUUAUUCAAACUCUGGCUUACUAUUUUCAGCCCCAGUCGGAGGUUCUAUCUCGUGCAGCCACGGGCGUGCACAUGAAAUAUUCCUGGAGUCCAUUGACACGGCUUGUCAUUUCACGGCAUAUCCUUGCGCAUCUUUUGUAAGUGACACAGUAUCAUUUAUAAUAAUAAUUUCGUGGGUGGAUCUUGCCCCCCCCCCCCGGGCGCUCUCACUGCGCACCGUGCUGCACUCUCAUUCCCCGCUUCCAACGUCGUGCGCUCGAUUUCGACAGCGACAAAUGCACACAGAAGAACACAUCUCUACGUCAAUGAGUCUCGACAACGAGGUCUGCCCCAUUUGUCCUUCGUUUUAAUCGUUGGCGAUGAUGAUAAGCCCAUAUCUGUAGAAGUAACUGAUAAAAUGAUUUUUGCUGAGAUACAAGAUAAGGACACAGAUCCUAGACUUUAUGAUAUUGUAAAAAGAAGGAAAAAAAACAUGGUCGAUGUGGGCAAAAGAACCCUCUGGAAUAUUAUCAUAGAUUAUGCACAUCUCCCUGUAUUUUACACGCGCUUCGUAGGUGCAUUGCCCCCAACUACUUUAAUACGUUUUACGUUGUAAUCAUCAAUGAACUAUGUCACUGUCUUUUAAUAAUAGUCUAGACGUUGCGGAUAUAAGCAUUGACUAUUUUAAUUCGAGCGAUCACAAUAUUCAAAAGAGGAGUGGGUAUAUAUGCACGGUGUAUAUAUUUAAUAUAUAUAUAUAUAUAUAUAUAUAUAUAUAUAUAUAUAUAUAUAUAUAUAUAUAUAUAUAUUGUGAUUGCACAGUAAUAAGAAACACACCUUGAAUCGUGUAAUAUUUUGUUCUCACUUCACUUAAAUCGCUGUUCUUCUAUAUAUACUAUAUAUAUACACAAAACCUCCUUUCACUUCACUAUCUUAUGUACAAUAUUUUGAUCAACAAUCACCGGUUUUUUUUUUAAUCAUGGCCGCCCAACUCGCAAACUGUUGUACCACAUGACCAAAUUCAACAGUCUGAUUGGCCAGUCUUCAUAUAUCCCAAUAAUCUUUAUUGCUAUGCACUGGGAGUAUAGAUUAUCUAGUAUAUCAAUUGACUCCCAUCAGUUUUUCUCACAUUUGUAAUUAUACCCGUGACAGUGCUUGUAUGUGCACUGUACACAAUUGUUAAAUCAUAAAAUAUUAUGUAUCAUACAUUUUCGUAUGUCCGUUGACAAUGUCGUCAUAUUUAAACAAUUUAAUCAUUGAGUUUCACUUGUCGAAUGAAAUCCGGAUAAGUCAGAGAACAAAAAGAAUGAUCAGAUUCCUGAUGUUCAACUUGAAUUGCUGGAUAUGGUUGUUUUUUUUUUUUUUGUGUAUGUUAUGUUUUAACUUGGAAAUUAACCUGCAGAAUUAUGCGUUAAAUUACGCUUUCAGAGUUGAAAUCAAAACUGUUUUCAUAAUCAGAUCUCAAACCUGUAAUGCUGUUUUUAUAGGAGAUACUUGGCGAAAGGCACAUGAGAGUCUCAUUUAUCCGCCAGGGCUGAAAGAGGAUUUAGAACAUUAUUUCUUGUUCCAGCCAAUGAACAGGAUCUUAAUGUCCGCUUGCAGCGUUAACUGUCAUUCUUACACUUUUAUCCCAGGCUCAGUUUGAGAACGGUGAGUGUUUCACCUGUAAUGCAGGCGCGUGCAGUUCUGUUGGAUACCUGGCAGACAACUACCCAGCUCGUGGAAAGCUGUACGUGGACACACACCACGCAUCACCGUACUGUGGUAAGGGUCGAAACUCAGCUGCUAGGCUGAUUCUAAAGGCAAAAGAAAAAACCGUGAUCACGUCACACCAGUACUUAAUUCACUUCAUUGGCUCCCUUGAAAGCACGGAUUGACUACAAACUCUCUAUUCUCUGCCACAACUUUUUUCUCGGAUUCCUCCCCUUCCUAUCUAACCAAACUUCUCUCUGUCUAUUCGACACUUCGACAGCUUCGCUCCUCCGCAGACGCGCGUGGUCUUUCUGUCCCCAAGAUUCGCACAAAAACAUACGGUGAACGAUCGUUCUCUUUCUAUGCCCCCAAACAAUGGAAUUCUCUUUCACUACACAUUCGCAAUAUACCGACCAUCACAGCCUUUAAAACUUCCCUCAAAAUACAUCUCUUUAAACUUUACCAUUCUGACUGAUUCACCCCUCUGACCCAUAACCGAUGCUGCUGCGGUGCCGCCCAUGGCUUGACAUGGAACUCAUUCUGGAAUGUGUGAAGUGAAUAUACAUUUGUUUGUUUUAGUUAAUUAAUGUAUGUUAAUUUUUUAGUUCAUGAUUAUGUUUAUUAAAUUGUAUGUACAGCGAGGUGAGCCCGGCCCUAGGCUGGGGUACCACGCUAUAUAAAACCACCACUAAUAAUAAUAAUAAUAAUAAUAAAUCAUGUUGUUGUUUUCUUUUAAAUACUAAAACCAAAAAAAAAAACUCAAAAAAACCCGAUGUAUCAUGGUAUACCUGAUGAUUGAUAGACUAGUUUGACAUUUUCAACUACGGCCUACUGAGUGAAUACCUUUAAUUAAAUAUCAUAUAAUUAAUCUACAUAUGCUACGAUUAAUGUAUUAAAAUAAAACUAUGCAACUCAAUUUUCUAUUUUAUUGGUCUCAUAUCCUCUGAUGACUAGCAUUUUUACAUUUCUGACUUGUUGCACGGCAAUAAUGAAAAAAGAAAUUAAUUUGUGGAGCGUCUGCUAAUGUAUGACGUGUCUGUUUGUCAAGGUAUCUACUACCACAUCAAGGUUUUCCCCUACGCCUCUGCACACAAUACUUCCGGUCUGAUCUACGUCCAACUCACUGGGUCUGCCGGAAAGACCGACUUUAUUCCCAUCAACUCCAAGUAAGCCUAAGAGCGAAAGAAAUGUUUUUAGCACAACCUUCAAGAGCAGCAUUCAAAUGCCUAAUACAUAUAAUCAGUGGCGUACCGAGGACACAAACUAAUGGCAAGAACUUGGCAUCAUCUAAAAUAGCGCACCUAUCAAGCUUGAAAUAACAUAUACACACAUAAUAUAUAUAUAUAUAUAUAUAUAUAUAUAUAUGUAUCAUACAUAUUAUAUAUUUAUUCUCUACCAUAAUAAUACUAAUACAGUAUACAAUGACGCCAGAGUAGACCUGAAAAGACUAAAAAGUAACAUUUACCUUAUUCAAUACAGUUAAAAUACUUAUAAGCAAAAAAAAACAGUUUAUUUUUUAAUGUAUACAAAAACAAUACGAGAUACGUAUUAUUUGUUCAACUUGUUGAUUCGCUUUUUUUUUUUUUUGCCCCACCUUCGGUUUUCCCGUGCCAACCAACGGCACACGAGUCACUAACAAAACUGAACACAUUUUUUUUUUCUUUUCGAAAAGACUUGGUUGUUUGGUUCUUGGCAUUGGCAUCAAUGGAUUAGGAAGAGGGCGCGAAGGGGUGCGGUCCGCCCUGGGUGACACUUCUUACUUAAUUUCAAUAGUGAGGGGCGGCAUUUUCUAACAACUGCACAUAUUUUUUUAUUUUUUUCGUGGAAGGGAGCGGCAAUAUUCUUAACACUUACCACCCCCCCCCCUCCCCCCCACCAAAACGGUUACAAUAACCCUAUAUAUGCCACAGCUUGGCAUCGCCCCCCCCCCCGCCUCCCCAUAGAUAUUGCUAAUUGUCAUGUCUGUUUCGUGCGUACAGGAACCUAAUCUUAAACCACGCCACAGAGAUCUCCACCAACGUCGUCUUCAAGAAUGACAUCGGCAAUGUGGUGACGGCCGUAGAUGUCAAGUACGAGAAGGACGCGGGCAUCCUCGGGUCCAUCACCACCGGCCCGGCUCCAACGGAUGCCUUCACGAUUGGUGGGCUGGAGGUGAUGACAGCGGCCCAAAAAACCUGGUACGUUCAUGAGUCCCGCCGUCUGCUGGUAUUAUGACAGUAAAAAUAAAAGUAUUAGCUGUUGAAAAGUUUAUAAUAAAAAAUUAAAAUGGGAAAGACAAAGACGUUAACCUAAUUAAAAAAAAAAAAUUCGACCCAUUCAUAUAAGUAUUAUUUUUAAAAUAUACCGGUAGUAAGUUUCCACCUGAAAUAAAUUUAGAACGAACAUUUAGAUUUAAAUAAUUUAAUUAAACAAACAAUUUUUUUUAUUAUGUCUUUUUGCCUAAAACCAGAAAUAUCAAAAAAAUUUAAUGAUAUGUUAGUUUCAGACAUAGAAAGAUUUGGAUUCUAAAAAGGAGAUUAGCUUUUACUUUUAAUGGUAAUGCAUUUCUAGUGCACACUCAAUAAUUAAAAAAAAAAUAUCAUAUAAUAUAUACCGAUUACCGAUAUAUAUUAAAAUAAAUGAACGAAGCUACGUAAGACUUGUAUCUACCCCUGGACAGCAGGCCUAUCUAUCUCAUGACUUAUCUGGAGAAUGGUCUUAAGCAGAUCCAUCAAUGGAUAUAGGAGUUGAUACGACAAGAGUUGGCAUUACAUGUAGGAGUUUCCAUUAAAGAAAUAUAUUUGAAGCUUGAAAACAAACUUAAUCCUUAACUUAAUCAGACAAAUCUAAUAAAAAUUCACCUUUUAAAUUGAAAUUUCUCUGCCAUGACGUAAAAAAAAACAGUGACCUUGACCAUACCUUCCUAUUCAGGUCUGCAUCCUGCCGGGGAACUUUCAACCUCCACGACAAGGUGGCACUACACAUUCCAACCACAGCAGGGAGGACAAGUCACGCCUGUGCAGUCGUUGGAUAAUCUCCCCCCCCCCCCACCCUUCUGUAUGCCACGACCGAUGCAGACCCUUCCACUCUCAAGACAUUAUAACUGAAUCAUUCCAUUACAGCAUUUCUAGUCACUAAUUUCAUCCUACGGUGUUACUUUUCUAUUUGACUAUUAGUUAACCAAUGAAAUAUGAAAGCCCCCAUAUUUGCUAUUUUCAAGGAAUAUUGGUAGGCUACUGGGUACCCCUAUCAAUGAAGUGUUUCCUCUACGCCUUGAUCCUACCUUCAAGUAGUCACGGCAGUUGCUAUCUAAAGACAGGGGUGGACUGGGCCGCCGGGAAGAUUCCCUAUGGGCCGCUAGGACAGGUGAUAUAAUACAAAUAAAAGUCAUGAAGAUAGGGCCGCUUUUGUUUUUUCCCCCCCCCCCGGCCGCUUUGAUUUUUCCCGGGCCACUUGAACUCCCCAGUCCACCCCUGGCGGGCCGCUUGAACUCCCCAGUCCACCCCUGGCGGGCCGCUUGAACUCCCCAGUCCACCCCUGGCGGGGCACUUGAACUCCCCAGUCCACCCCUGGCGGGCCGCUUGAACUCCCCAGUCCACCCCUGGCGGGCCGCUUGAACUCCCCAGUCCACCCCUGGCGGGCCGCUUGAACUUCCCCCAGACCACCCCUGGCGGGCCGCUUGAACUUCCCAUUCCACCCCUGGCGGGCCGCUUGAACUUCCCAGUCCACCCCUGGCGGGCCGCUUGAACUUCCCAGUCCACCCCUGUCUAAAGACCUAUUUCCUGAGCGAAAUUUAUGCCUGAAACAGUUCUCAAAUUGGGGACUAGCUUCACUGGUAAAACGUUGUCAUACCGAGUGGAUGUCAUUUAUAAGGAGUGGAUGUCAUUUGUAAGGAGUGAAUGUCAUUUAUACUAUAGGGAAUACAUUGGUGAUCGUCUACAUUUACACACUCGCUGUUUGUUUUAAUCCCAGAGUAAGGAAUCGGCAUGGCUGGC